CUACCCCUCCAUAACAAAACCCAAUCACUCUUUACUCUCAUACGAUUUUUGUAUUUUCCUAACAUUUUUUCUGCAGCUUCCGAAACCCUAACCCCCUACCGAGAUCUAACUUUUCUCUGAGAUUCUUCAAGUAAUAGUAAAACUAAAUAUGGGAGAAAACAAGGAGAACGAUGCUUAUGAGGAGGAGCUUCUCGACUAUGAAGAAGAUGACGAAAAAAUUCCUGAUUCCGCCACAAAAGUCAACGGCGAAUCGGCCAAAAAGGGUUAUGUUGGAAUUCACAGUUCAGGUUUCAGAGACUUUCUUCUAAAGCCAGAGUUGCUGCGUGCUAUCGUUGAUUCUGGGUUUGAGCAUCCGUCCGAAGGUAAUUACUCCUAUCACUACUAAUUUGGAGAUGUACCAUGGUAAAAUUUUUAAACUGAAACUGAGGUCUCGUUGCCCCCAAUGUGUUUGGUUCAUCAUCAGUGCAACACGAGUGCAUUCCACAAGCUAUUCUGGGAAUGGAUGUCAUUUGCCAAGCUAAAUCUGGAAUGGGAAAAACCGCUGUUUUUGUCCUUUCAACUCUGCAACAGAUUGAACCGGUUGCUGGUCAGGUUGCUGCCCUGGUUCUAUGUCACACUAGGGAAUUAGCUUAUCAGAUCUGUCAUGAGUUUGAGAGGUUCAGCACUUAUCUGCCUGAUAUCAAGGUUGCUGUUUUCUAUGGUGGUGUCAACAUCAAGCUCCACAAAGAGCUGCUAAAGAAUGAAUGCCCUCAUAUUGUUGUUGGAACUCCUGGAAGAAUACUUGCAUUGGCAAGAGAUAAGGACCUGUCUUUGAGGAAUGUGAGGCAUUUUAUACUAGAUGAAUGUGACAAGAUGCUUGAAUCACUUGACAUGAGGAGAGACGUGCAGGAAAUCUUCAAGAUGACUCCUCAUGACAAACAAGUCAUGAUGUUUUCUGCAACUCUCAGCAAGGAGAUUCGCCCGGUUUGCAAGAAAUUCAUGCAAGAUCCAAUGGAAAUUUAUGUUGACGAUGAGGCCAAGUUGACCCUGCAUGGACUUGUACAGCACUACAUCAAAUUGAGUGAGACGGAGAAAAACCGGAAGCUGAAUGACCUAUUGGAUGCUUUGGACUUCAACCAAGUUGUAAUUUUUGUCAAGAGUGUCAGCAGAGCAGCAGAGUUGAACAAGUUACUUAUGGAGUGUAAUUUUCCAUCUAUCUGCAUCCACUCUGGCAUGAGCCAAGAAGAAAGACUGACACGCUACAAGGGUUUCAAGGAAGGGCACAAGAGAAUUCUUGUGGCAACUGAUUUGGUUGGUAGAGGCAUAGACAUUGAAAGGGUGAACAUUGUUAUUAACUAUGACAUGCCAGAUUCUGCAGAUACUUAUCUUCACAGAGUGGGAAGAGCUGGUAGAUUCGGAACUAAAGGGCUUGCCAUAACUUUUGUGUCAUCUGCAUCAGAUUCUGAAGUUCUUAAUCAGGUUCAGGAGAGGUUUGAAGUGGAUAUUAAAGAACUUCCUGAGCAGAUUGAUACUUCUACAUACAUGCCAUCUUAAUGAGAAUGAGGUCUUCCUUGCAAAUGUGCCAGUUGUCUAGCUUGAAGACAUGAAGUGGCAGUAUGGUUUCCGCUUUGUGUCAACGUGAUUCUGAAUAUUGAGCUGAUUAAAUUUGAAGGAUUGUGGUGACUUGUCUGCUUGGGCACUUUCUGGAUUUGCUGUACCCUUAAUGAUUUCUAUGCUGUUCCUGCAUUAGCAUGCAAAUGUGUCAAUGUUAUGAUAUCGAGUAUGAAGAGUUGUAGCUAAUACCCACUAGAAUUAUUCUGCAUUAGUUUCUUGUACUUGUGCUAGCUAAUGUUAUAUA